GAACGAAAAGUAAUAGUUUAUUUUAGCGUUGAUGCAAGGGAAAAAGCCCGAAGGCAUAAAAAACCCUUGAUUUAAAUUAUUGAAUUUACAAUAUUUGAAUUGUUAAUGUGAGUGUGUCGCGUGUGACUUUGAUGAUUUUUUCGUGUACACGAAGGUCGGGCGCCCGUCAGCGAUUAAUCGCGUGACACCGGAUUUUUUAGGAAAUAAUUCCCAGAUUGUAAAUCGAUCACGAUGGUACGGAAUAGUGUUCCGUUGGAAUCUUCUGCGCGAGAAGACGUCCAGAUGAUAUAUGUGAUUCGCAAGAAUCACGAUGACACGGAAUAGUGUUCCGUUGGAAUCCCCUGUGCGGGAAGAUAUCCAGAUUACCAGGAAUCACUGUGUUGCGGAAACUGAGUUCCGAUGGAAACUCCCGCACAAGGAGAUAUCCUGCCGUCGUCCGAAACGUCUGAUUGUUUUACUAUUGUCGAAUUACGAAGUCCCGUAGUCGAGACAAAAAUUACUGUCUUUUAAUACGCGGUAUAUUUCCUCGACCGGUCACGACCGUGGUUCGAAGCCGACUCCCUAAUUGGGGCCCGAGCGCCGUAUAUCCGUAUUAUAAACAUUGAAACGUUAUCGGUUUCUUCGAGUCGAACGUGCCGACGAACUACAUAGAGUCCGUUCUACAAAUAAAUCGUAAUAAAACGCUCUAACAUUAGCAAUAAAUAAGUCCGUAAUUGAUGCGAUAAAAAAAAAUUUAAUAAUAAAUGUUAUAAAAUGAAACAAAAGAAAAGAACUGAUCAAUUUUUUAAUUCUUUGCUCUGUUUCACUUAUCGCCAUUAUUUUAAGAUGACCUCGUUUAACGCUGUUUCGUUUAGUGCUGGAACUUAUUGGAACGUAUCCCUCGCGUUAAGCGGGGUCUUACUGUAUCUAUCCUUUACAGAAUAUUUGUAGUGGUGAAAGUUUGUUAUUAUUUAAAAGCCACUCGUCGUUUGAACAAUUUUGUUCGUCUAAACGCAAUCGAAUUGGAGUGUCUUAGUCUUUGUAAAAUUGGGUAUACUUUAGAUACGCUUGUGUAUUCAGAUUUUGAAACAGAGAUUACUGUACAUCACGAAAAGUUGGUAAAUCCCGUGAUAUAACAAUAACCUUGCAGACAAUAGAACGUACAGCCUCUAUUUAAAAAAAAAAUUAUAAUAAUGACUUGUAUGGAAGAUUGUCUUAGCAAAAUCUCUAUCAAGCCAAAUUUUGUUAACUAUAUCAUGCUUGUUCCAGAGAAAUAUUACUAAUAAAGACAAAAAAUACCGUAAAAAAUGUGUCAGUCACGGAAGGUAAAUUAUUAAUUUUUUAAUUUAAAAUUACAAACGAAUCAAUGGAUCAAUGAAAAUUGUACGUAUAAAAUAGAAAGAUAAGAAAAAAGUCUGAGUGUUGAUUAUAUUUAGCAUGAAUUCAUUAAAAAAAAAAUGAUCAAUAAACAAAUCGACGUGGAUUACAAUAUAAUUACAAAUAAUCUAUGUAAGGUUCUAUUCUGACUUAUUUUCAUCAGAAAAACUUCGUAAAAAUAUUCGAACAUUUUUAAAUCUUUCAAGCUAUACGCGAGUCAAACUUGAAUACUUUUCUUUUUUAUAUUGAACGUCUGAAUCCGUCCAUAAAUUCCAUGAAACCAAAAUUUGUUUUAAUAGUCCGGACUUUCAUCUCAUAUUUUACAAUAUUAAUUUCAUACGAUAUUUGAUACUAAAAUACAACACAAAAUUAUUGUUAUUAUUUGAAACUGUUUCGCAAUCCUUUCUCGAAUAAUAUAAUAUUUAAUAAUCCUAAAAUUAAAACAGUACACAACGUUAGGAAAGGAAAGAAAAUAUACAUAAAGAAAGAAUUAAAAGACCGGAAACGUUUAAUUUAAAUUAAAAAAGCAAAUAGUAUGAAUACUUGGUACAUGAGCGUUGUGCAUAAUAAUCAUUCAUGUUGUUAUUUGAUUGCGUUUUACAUCGUUCAUAAACAAUAUUCAUAAAAAGUUGUCAAUUGGAAAAGUGAAAAAGUGUCCUGCUUCUAGCGGUGUAUGCCACGGACUGGAACGGCUACGAGCGUUCGUUGAUCUGUGUAAUGUACAGUCGUGGAAGUGUUCGGUACAAAACAAAUGAACACCAAAAAUAAAAUAAAAAAUUUACUAUAAAUAUUCGCUAGUAAAAACAUAUCGUGUAUCACAAUUGGUAAACAUGCCAAUUGCCAAUUUAUUUGUCAUUAAUGUUCUAAACUGUACCGCACAGGAAAGUGAUUAAUACCUUCUGAUUAAUUAAAUUAUAAAUCGGUACGUUUUCAAUCGCUCGUGUACAAUUGAUAACACGGAGCUUUGUGAACGGCGCGUAUCGCUAGAAAAUCAAUCGACACGUAGAUAUCAAUUGGCACGUUAAUAGAUGUUAGUAUCAAAACGGAAAAACAGCUUAACGAAGAACAGAAACUCAGUCAAGACCAAGUACCGAUAUGCUUCGGUUACCGCUCCCUACCGUCGCAGAAGUAACUCGAAAGUACGAUGUUCAGAAUUCCGCGAUACGUACGACUUCUCCUGUUCCUAUGCACUGUUUCUACGAUCUUAUGUGCCUUUUUUAUUAUUUCUGUAUACAUUGCUGACAAAAAAAAUGACGAGAAAACGUUCGCAAUACGGACGGAGGAUCGAAAGCAAACCCUACAAGUGUCGAUGAAAUCGAUGAAGGAACGUCUUUUUAACGACGACCAGAUUCGUAAGAUGACAUUGCUCGGAAAGUGGCUCGUAUCUAGCGAGGGUCAUUCUCCACCACCGAAAAUUAAUACGAAAAAGGGCCCUUAUUUGAUUUUAAUUUGGAAGCAUGGAAAGUUCUUGGAACGCAGGCACAUCAAACGAUUUACAAACAAUGAAUUCUCACCUUGGGAAAAUUGUUCAGUGCAAGACUGUGUAUUAACGUACCAAUCGACAGAUUUAGACACUGCAGACGCGGUCGUGUUUCACUUACACCUGACAAAAGACGUGUCAGAAUUGCCAGCGAGACGUCGACUGGAUCAAAGAUGGAUCUUUUUAACCGAUGAAUCACCGAUGCAUACUUUCCUCUACGGAAGACAAAAACUGUCGAACUAUAAUGGUUUCUUUAAUUGGUCGAUGACCUAUCGAAUGGACAGCGACGUUCCGGUACCUUACGGACGAACGAUUACCAGAUCGUACAUAAAUUCUCAGGACGCAGAUUUCCCGAAGAAUUAUAUUAAAAAAUCAAAAACUAAAGUUGCUACCGUAAUGGCCAGCAAUUGUGGCGGUACGAACGGCAGAUGGGACUACGUAAAGGAGCUCAAGUCGUUUUUAGGAAAAGAUCUGGAUAUAUAUGGAAAAUGUCUCAACGGUAAUACAGCCGCGUGUCCGGGUCAUUUCGAUAAGGAUUGUCCCGCUUUAAACGAAUACAAAUUUUAUCUAGCUUUUGAAAACUCAAACUGUAAAGAAUACUUGACGGAAAAAGUAUUCUGGCACGGUUAUCACAAAUCGGCGGUUCCGAUAAUAAUGGGUGCGCCAAAGGAGGAUUGCGAGCAUUUAUUACCGCCUAAAUCGUUUCUUCAUGUUAACGAUUUCGCUAAUCCGUCCGCUUUGGCGAACUAUCUCCAGUAUCUUAAUCGUCACGAUGACAAAUACUUGGAAUAUCACGAAUGGCGUAGAUAUUUCAAAGUAAUUAACGAGCAUGGUUAUUUCGGUAGCAUUUCGAGGCAUUACUGCCGAAUUUGCGAGGCUCUUCAUUACAAUGUUCCUAGUAUUAAGGUAUACGACGACAUGGAGUCAUUUUGGAAUAGAAAACAAGAUUGUGACCUCUAAUUAUUUCAAGUUUGACCAUAUAGGUAUUACAGAUAAAAUAGGAGGGACAUACAUGGAAAUGUCCCAUUGCUAGAAAGAGAAAGGAAACCGCUGUACCGUAUCUAUCUUUAUCUACUAACGCGUACGCCGUAGCAGUCAGGCUAUUAGCUGUUGAGUUAGCUCUACAGGGUGUCCCAAAAAUGUUGUAACACCUUAAAAGGGGUGGUUCUGGAGGUGAUCUGAAACAACUUUUUCCUUAGCGAAAAUAUUGUCCGAGGCUUCGUUGAGGAGAUAUUAACGGAAAACACAGACCAAUCAGAGCGCGAGUAUACUGGUGGAGCGCCCGCAGUAGCGUAUGAGCGCGGCCGCUUAGCGCAUAGUCUUCGCUACGCACGCUCUGAUUGGUCAGUGUUUUUCGUUAAUAUCUCCUUAACGAAGCCUCGGACAACAUUUUCGCUAAGGAAAAGUUGUUUCACAUCACCUCCUAAACCACCCCUUUCAAGGUGUUACAUUUUUGGGACACUGUAUACAGGGUGUCCCCGGAUUAGUGUAAGAACCGUUACAAACCGGAGAUUGGUCGGUGGUUUUUCGUUAAUAAUUCAAAAACGAAGCACCAUCCGACAUUUUUGUAAAGGAAAUUGUGGUUCAGAAACGUCUCAGCUACCCCUCAUUUCCGGUUCUUACACUAAUUCUGACAUCCCGUAUAUUACGAGUUUAUAAAACGUAUACAGCUGUUAUAUUAUGCACUUAUACAAUUUAUAUAUUAUAUAACACUAUUAACGAUAAAAUAUUAUAAGAAAAUAAUUGAAAGCUGAGUGAAUUGAAUUGAAUGAAGAGUUAACGUUGACAAGAAGACCUCUGUUUUUUUUCUCUUUUUAGCUAUGGCUCCAAAUUCCAAUAUCUCAACACAUUUUCAUCCUAAUAUCUUAAACUACCUUUUGUAAUCAUUCUUUUU